AUGCCAUUGAAAGAGAAAUCGAUGCAUUACCACAAUUGUGGGACGAUUGUACAAGUUUUUUCUAAAACAAUCGGUCUGUUUCAUUCGUUAACCGACGAUGAAAUAAAGGAAAUUUCGAUGAAUUGUUCGGAAAUAAGUUUCAAGGAAAACGAAUUUGUUAUAAAUCAAGGUCAAAAAGAGAAAACAGUUUAUUUUGUUAAAACUGGUUCGGUGAUAUUUAAAUCUACGAAUAGUGAAAUAUCUAGUUCUUUCAUUCAAGUAUUACGUGCAGGUGAAUAUUUCGGUAUCAAAGGUUUAUUUUUAAAUCAAAAUCAACAUGGUCUUUCGGUACAAGCAUUGGAAAAUACCAAUUUGUAUUGUAUGAAUGGUGACAAAUUUGAAAAGUAUCUUGUACCAGUUUUGGUUAGAUUCAAGUUCAUCCAUGAACAAUACGAAUUAUUGUUGAAUUCGAUGUAA